CCCAGUUGUAGGCUUAUGGCGCUCGUUUUACUGUUAUUGAUCGCUUUCUGCGUCCAGAGAAGCCUUUGGUCGGGUAGCCGAUCCCCACGGGCCUACAAGGGAGCAUGUUUUGUCGUUCCACCCGUUUGCAUGGGCUGCGAGAAUCCAGCGAAAUUAAGCCAGACUGACCCGGCUCCCACAACGCAUUGACAGGGUCAGGGACACAUAGCUCGGUUAGGGAGUUCUUUGUGAGGUACCUACCGGGUCAUUCUGGUCGCCAAAACAUUCCUGCGGCUCCUACCAAAGUGGCCGCCGCCGCUACCCCCUUGCUGGGCUACAUGUUGAGCAGCCGCCUACGAGUCGACCACGCUUAGAGCGGGACCUGAAUGUUGACCAAGGAAUGCUCAUGGGUUCCGCGUGGCAUGACAACGUGUCCAAACCACCCAGGAAAACGGACAGGUCGUGGGGCGAACGUCUUGAGAUGGAAACUCAACAAUCGCGGGGGCGUUGAAAGCUCGUGGCGAGCCGGUCGCCAUCCUUUAAAAAGGCCUGCAAAGUUGAGAUUUGCUAAACCAAAAUCCCCAGCACCACUGGAUGGCAUGCGUUUCACCAGGACAUCGUGGACAGCGAGAGACGGAAGGCGUGACUACAGUCGUGCAUUGUGGCUAGGAGACCUUGAGCGACGGGGAGGAGCCAAGUCGAGUCUAUACCUCACUCAUUUUCGUGCCGCUCGCGAAACCUACUUAGCAAGGCCAUCAGCGGGCUUUUGUGCAAUUGUCGCCGGCAUGCUGUGUUUCCCGAGGGUUGCUGUCGGGUGGUUCCUGCCAGCACUGGCGGAUUCGGUUGAUUAACAGGUCGAGCGCACUCAGCGAUGUGGCACAGAACUCGGCCCUCUCAUAAUUCGGAGUUCGGACGGGGUAACCAUACCAGAAUGCUGACGAGGUCGACGAUAGAAGGACGUCAAGCCAGGAUCGGGUGGACGGGCUGAGAGAGGACGAGGUGCCAGAAGCAUGACUGGCAGGCGCUCGGGCCAUGGGUGGGUCUUUGCGCAAGGAACCCCUACACCCUACUGGCACACAGGCCAGGCUCAGGCCAGGCUCAGCCAGGCUCAGGCCCAGCCCGGUCAGUGAUCUUUGUUCUGCAUGCACUUCCUAGGUGGACGUCGCCUCAGCCUCAUGAUUCAACAGCUGGGCCAUGUCAAUGCCAGCACUUCCACAAAGGCUCAAGUACUCGUCCUCAACCUCGCCGUGGCACACUACAAUCCAUCCUCUCCCCCCCGAGUUGUGGGGUUGCUCCAACUGCCAUUUGCCAUUGGAUGGGCAAGCGGAGGCCCCCCCCGUACCUAGUGCGGCGACUUGAGCACCUGCCUGGGUGCGCAACAGGCCUGCUGCCCAUUGCCCAUUGCCGCAGACGCCCCUAGGGCUGGCUAGCCGUGUGAGAGGCCAGAGGCGAGAGGCGACACAUCGAGCUCCCGCAACGCCGCGACGCAGAACCUCCGCGCAUCAGAGCCUCAUCCCAACCCUCAUGGCCCAUUGGGUGGACGGUUCGAUCUAACUUGAUGCCGCCUCCCGCUCCCUCUCUCCCUUCCCAUCACCACAUACCCACCUCCCCAUGGCUUAUCUGACCGGCGCGGCGGGCGCCCUCAUGCCACAGCCUCACGCCGCCCCCGAGCCCUUCUACAGCCAGGCUGUCUUCCGUGCGCUCGACGAUGACCCCUCCAGGACCUCCAGGACCUCCAGGACCGCGACGCCGGCUGCCACUGCCUUCAAACCACCUGCGCCCCUCUCCGAGCCGGCGACCGCAACUGCCACCGCAGCUGCACCUGCACCACCUGCAUCCCGCAACGGUGACAGCCACUCGUCCACAUCCUCCUGGGCCCGCCCCAAUGGCGCCCGCAUGUCGCCCAUCAACCCUUCUGAGGUCGAGAUGGCCCAAGGGCUCAUCCAGAUGAGGUCAGGCCUUGUGCCCACCACCCUGACUCCUCCGACCCGCUAUGCGCCGGCACAUGCGCCUGCACGCCCACCGCCCUAUGAGACCCAAGGCGUCAACGGCCACAAGCCUCACCUUCCAGCAGGCCACGACGAGAUCCGUCUGCUCCACCCACCGUCACCUUUGCCCUUGCCAUCAUCAGUCGCGGCCCCAGCCCCAGCCCCAGCGCCCGCCCCAGCGCCUGCACUUGAUGACCACCCGACCGUAUCAACGUCAUCAGAUGAACUUGCUGGCCGGCAUUCUGACGACUUCUCAUUCGGUGACAAGAGCGACACCACCAUCACCGACCCUCAAGUAGACCGUCCUGAGGAACUCUCUGGUUUGCCGCCACCGGCCGGCCCUGCCUUCACCCCAGGCUACGAGCCCUCUCACGAAACGUUUUCAGCGGCCCCGGCACGUCCAGCAACCACGAACGGCCCAGGUCCACAUGGCUUUGGCGACACUCACGUGGGAGGGCCCACCUUGAGUCCUCCAAUGUUGCAGGCACCCACUGCGCCACCAGAGCUCGCCAGGCCGGGCACCCAGCCGCCAGGGAGCAGGCCGUAUGAUCCAUCGGCGCCCAUUCUAUCAUCUUCAAUACCACCCGUGCAUACUGGACGCUGCCGCUGUCGAGCCGUGCCUCAAGCCUUCUUGUCGGCGCUGGAUCGCGGGGAUUCCUCUGAUGUCGAGGCCUUGGCGAAGCUAUAUGGCGCGUGCCGGGACGACCUGUGUGCUUUGCACCUGAAUUGUUAUGCGCAACUCAUCACCAGCGCCCUUGAGGCAGCACGUUCGGUGAGCCCCAUGGCUUUCACGCCCCAGCCGACCAUCGAGAGGACGCCGCAGAUGGGCCAGCCCUUCUUCAGCUUCGAGGAGACCGGUUCCGGCACCAGGUGGACAGCCGUACCCCGGAGGAGACGUGCGACGUCGGUCCCGGGCAUCGAGGAGGUUGAGCUUGACUUGCCUCCAAAGAGGCGGCGGUUGGAAACGGAGGGGAAUAUCCCAAUGUCUAAGGCCCAAUCACCUCCAGCACAUGCUGAGUUCUGGAGCAAGCCACAGGCGCAUUCCAGCGACUGUCGGCCUCAGCCCGACGUUGCGUACAAUGAGGAAUUUAGGCACAAGGUUCUUAUGGAGUUGGAACACGAAUUCACCGACCUCAAGGAGGACGACUGGUCUCGUGGUGAGACGACCAAUAGAUACAUCCACGCCAUACUUUCAAGAUGCAAGCACCCAAAUACGGACGUCCGGAACGGUCCCAUCGAUGCCGGCUUCCUCAAUUCACAAGAAGCUUCUACAAUCUUGGAAAGGGGGGCGGAACGGCUUCCCAUCAUCACCACAGGUCAGCAACAGUUCAAAUGGACCGGCAGCGAACGCCCAAUAGCACAAAUCUUCAAGCGCAUGGAAGAUCUGAGCAGACAGGUCUCUGUGCAAAUACCUUCUCACAAUUUUGACCUGCCGUCGUACGAGACGAAGAGUUUAAACGCGAUCCGGGAGCGCUUCCUCCGGGGCCAAGUGUCGCGAGACCCGUGGAAUAUUCUGGAUCUUCGAAGCCCCCUUCCACCUUCGAUCUUGCCGUCUUUCCUUACUGGUGAGAAUUGCCAGUUGCUCCCCCGAAUCCGCGAUGCCCUGUUGGAGGGCCACUGCGCCGAGAGGAUCAAGGCAAGCCGUGAGGAAUGGAACGAGUGGACCGAGCUGCUCGAGUGGGUACUGAUGUCAGAGGGCGGCCACAAUACAGCUCCACACAUGGACAGCCACGGCUGGUCGACGUGGAUCACGAUUCAGGAGGGCAACUUUGGUUUCGGCUGGCUCGCGAGACCAACCGACGAGGAACAGGAGGACUGGAUGAACGCCCCGUUGAGCUACACGGGGGGCAACUGGCGGUUUGUGAUCCUCAAGCCGGGCCAGACAGUCUUCUUCCCAUCCGGAACCGUGCACUUUGUCUUCAGAUUACAUGCAGAACAGACCCUCGCGCUGGGCGGCCACCUCCUGCAGUGGACGGCGCUGGAACGUUGGGUGCAGAUCAUCCUCUGGCAGCUAAAGAACCCGAACAUCACAAACGAGGACUUGGGGACGGCGCCACUGAAAUACAUCCGCAGCGCGAGGAGGCUUGUAGAGCACCGCAUGGCUAACUGGCGUGUAACGACCAUGGGCGGCAUGCCCACGGUCACUCGGUUCCUGGCGCUUGCAACAGAGGUGGAGAGGUGGUACCACCAGAAGAAGAAAAAGAAGCGGGCUAGGUAGCGUGGGCAGCAGGACCGGACUGCUCACACGGCGUCGAUGAUACAUUACCACAGGCCUCAUUGGCCGCAGCACUUUCAAUUCUCCCUCGGGGCUGUUUCAGUCAACAUUUCAAAGACGAAAAGAGGGAGGUAGAUCCAAAAAGGCAUUAUUUGAUUUUCUAGUAUGGCGUUUGAGUGGUACGGUCUCAUGGCCGCUCUCGUUUCUGACCACUGGGCCGCCCCAACGCGUUCCACCUCUCUACUAGCAUGUGAGAUAUUGUGGACGGAUGAACUGGGGAUUGUCUGUCAGGAUAGAAGAGAGGAUGGCAAGGACACGACUGUCGUGUCUCAAACGGGUCGGGUCGGAAGAGAGGGCUAUUUGGUUUCUGUUUCCCUUUUGCUUGAUGCUCGGUUCCCUCACCAUACUCACAUCAUCCAUACAUACAAUGUGCUAGUGACGGCGAGUCACACCCCCCACCUCCACACCCACACAUCAUCAUGACCAUGAGCAUCCUCACCUAGAUGGGUGGCUGGCUUGUCGAUUUCCCUUUGAGAUUUUCAAACUGGGUGGUGCCUGCAAGACGCAGGGUGGGCCAAGCGGGUGAAGGUCGGCCUGUCGCGAGUUUCGGUACCGAGGGGCCACACACAUUAUGGGAAUCACGGCAUCGGGAGGCGUGCUUUAAUGUCUAGCUAUCACCCGCACUCAGUGGAAAUGAAACGCGGCUCUGUCUUCAUCCUUUUCUUUUUCUUUUCUCAUCUCGGUUGACACGGACAAUCGGUAAUUGGGGCAGUGGCGCCUGCCAGCGUCACGAAAACCACAAGUAACAAGAGCUCCGUGUGGAGGUCAAGGUGUUUCACGAACGGAAGCUCGCGUUGGUAUGCAACAUCAUUGGCCCCCAAGGUAAGAAACGCCGCAAUGUGAUGUGCUUCUCAGUCGGUAUGACACCAAGUCUAUCAAAUUCACGCGCCGGCCAAUGUUGAACGCCUGAGACCCCCGCUCACCCCGAAUGAGGGGGCGCUUUAUUUUGUGUCUGGGUUGAUGCAGUGGUGACUGAUUCAAAAAGAAAAACCCUUUCCAUCGUCCAAAAAAAAAAGAAAGAAAAAAAAAAGGGAACCGACAAAACGCCGCCCCCAGAGCAAAAUCACCCGACUCAGUCGCCGUUGACACCGUUGCCCCUGCCGGUCUCGGCAACCGCCUUCUCCAGCGCGUUGAUGACAUCGGCCCUCAGGUCCUCGGCGUCCUCGACACCGCAGCUGAGGCGAACCAGGUCGUCGAAGACACCCACGGCCUCACGCUGGUCCUUGGGGAUGCCUGCGUGGGUCAUGCUGGAGGGCACCUCGCACAGGCUCUCGACGCCGCCCAGCGACUCCGCCAGGGUGAAGACGCGGGUGAGCUGGCAGAAGCGCUCUGCGGCGGCGUGGCCGCCCCGGAUGCGGAAGCUCAGCAUGCCGCCGCCCAUGCCGUCACGGUGCUGCUUCUUGGCGAUGGCGCGGUGUGGGUGGGAGUCGAGGCCGGGGUAGUUGACAGCGAUGACGUGCGGGUGGGCCUCGAGGGCGGCGGCAACGGCGGUGGCGUUCUUGGUGGCCUCCCGGGCGCGCAGGUGCAGGGUCUUCAUGCCGCGGUGGGCCAGCCAGCAGUCAAAGGCAGAGGGGACGGCGCCGAUGGCGUUCUGCAGGAAGGACAGGCGGGUGCGCAGGUCGUCGCUGUUGAAGGCGGCGACGCCCAUGACGACGUCGGAGUGGCCGUUGAUGUACUUUGUGACGCUGUGGACGACGAUGUCGGCGCCGUGGUCGAGGGGGUUCUGGACGUAGGGGCUCAUGAAGGUGUUGUCGACGACGACCAUGAUGCCGUGGGCGUGGGCGGCGGUGGCGACCUUGCGGAUGUCGACGAGGCGCAGGGUGGGGUUGGAGGGGCUCUCGAUCCAGACCAGCUUGGUGGCGUCGGUGAUGUGCUCGCUGAUGUCGACCUCGAUGGCCGGGGUGAAGGUGACCUUGACGCCGUGGGCCUUGGCGACCUGGGUGAAGUAGCGGUGGGUGCCGCCGUAGACGUCCGAGACGGAGAUGACGUGGGAGCCGGCGGCCAAGCUCUGCAGGAUGUUGGCGGUGGCGGCGCUGCCGGAGGAGUAGGCGAGGGCGUACUUGGCGUGCUCGACGGCGGCGACGGCGGUCUCGAGGUUGGUCCGGUUAGGAUUGCUGCUCCGGCUGUACUCGUACUCGCCGACGGGCUUGCCGACGGCGUUCUGGGCAAAGGUGGUGGAGAGGGAGAUGGACUCGAUGACGGCGCCGGUGGCAGGGUCAUGGGGAGACCCAGCGUGGACGGCGAGGGUGCCGAAGCCCUGGACCGGCGAGGGGGCACGGGGCGGGGUCUCUAUUGGCUGGUCGUGGGCAUCGCCGGUGCCGUUGGCGCGGCCGUUGAGGACGGGGACGGUCAUGACUGCGGCGGUGCGGUGGGGGCAGGGGCGGGACUGCUGAGCGAGGCCGGGGCGUAGAAACUCGAGGGGACGAGACGGAAGACGACGGUUGCUGGGAGCAGAGUCAGGAGGGGGGGGGGGGGAUGAGGCGCAAGGGAGGAGGUGUUUGUUGUAGAAUCACAUACUUGAGUACACAGAUCAUACACACGGUGCGUGUGUACAGAUAUAUAUAUAGUUAAAAAUAAAUAUAUAUAUAUAUACCUAGGUACCUAGAUACUUGGGCAUAUACCAGUGCAUAUGGCCGGCGGUAUCGACUGACCAGCGGCAGAGAGUCACGAAAAACACGGCGGUGAUGACGAGAGAGAAUCCGCUAGGGGCGAUGGCGCAAUCAAGACAAAAAGGACACACUGACUAAUUGGGCGCGCUGUUAGCAGGCCUUUCUGGCAGUUUCGCCUGCUGACAGAUGGGAAUGCGGGACGAGCGGGUGGUGGUGGUGGUCUCAAUCUCUUAAUCUGGACAAGACGGCAGGAAUUGAAUUGCGCCCUUGUGCUGUCACAGCAGCUCACCACCGGAAUUGCCCUGCGUGGGCGGUGAAAUCUUUUCCACGUCACGGACAUCACAAGACCUAACCUACAUGGAGC